CUUGAAGAUCUGCAUUGUUAAAAAAAUGUGAUUGAUAUUAAUUAAUAUUUAAAUAAAAAAUGACGUUAUAAUUAAAUAUAUUUAUACAAAAUAUCAUUCCACUUAAAUGUUUUAGACUAUUAAUUACCACAUAACAGUAUUAGGUAUCUGUUUUCGACAUGACGCAAAUAAUUUAUAGAUUACCAAAUUACCACAAGGCUGUGAUGGAUGUUCUGAAUGAACAACGAAAGACUAGUCAGUUCUGUGAUGUCACUUUUUUGGUUGAGGAAAAGGAAAUUAGUGCACAUCGAAAUGUAUUAUGUGCAUCUUCACAAUAUUUUAGGUCAAUGUUUACAGACCAUUUUCAAGAAUCAAAGCUGGAUAAAAUUCCUCUAUACGAUUUAGACUAUGCUGCAGUAGUUGAAAUAUUAAAUUUUAUCUACACAUCAACUAUACAGUUGGAUGAUGACAACGACUAUGACAUAAUAGAAGCGAUUGAUAUUUUACAAUUGUACGAACUACGGCCGUACAUAAACCAUUAUUUAAAACAAAAAUUAAACAGCCAGAAUUGUCUGAUGAUUUAUGCAAUAGCAAAUUUAAGGAGUUAUGAAGAAGUUGCAAAGGCUGCUUUUUUGCACAUUUUGAAUAAUUUUGACGACAUUGUGGAAUGUGAUGAUUUUAAGAAUAUGUCAUUUGAUUUGUGGCACAAGGUUUUAAAUUCAGAUGUUAUUAAUGUUGCUAAUAUACAUCAUGCGCUCUUAAAAUGGUACAAAUUGAUUCCAGAAAAGAAUUCAAUGCAUUUAGAGAAAUUUAAUGUAUUAAAAUCAUUCAUUCCAAAGCCAAUCGAGAUUACACAACCAAUUAAAUUCGAAAUCAAUAUUCCAUUUUUAAGUUUUGAAGACUUUGAGAAUAAUUGCUCAAUUCCAUCUAACAAUAGGAGGUGUACUAAAUUCAAUGAUAUUAUUAUGGUGAUGGGAGGCUCUUUCUCCAACAGUUGCGAAUGUUUUCCCUCAAUGAACGACCCUUGGUCCUUCAGUUUACCAUUGUGGGGCCCUUAUAAUCCCGACAAUGAAUCUGAACUCGUCAUUGCGGCUUGUCCUUCGGUGAAAGAAUUCGCAUCGGCUCAUACCGAUUGUGAAAUGUUUCUUCUAGGAGGUGUGGUUGAAGAAACAGAGUUAUCUGACAAAUGUUACAAAUAUGAUGUCAGAUCGAACUCAUGGAGUGAUUUUGAAAAAUUACCAAGGCCUUUGAAAGGUGCUGCGGCUACUUUUUGCAAGAAUAAACUGUACAUAACCGGUGGCACCGAGGGAGACAAACAAGAUACCAAUACUGUUAUGUUUUAUAUGCAAAAAUCUGAAACACAAGGAAAAUGGAUCACGGUGGCUCCAAUGCUGCAGAAAAGGACCUCACAUGCAUUGUGUUCUGUAAACGGAGCCCUUUAUGCCUUCGGUGGAGUCCAGAAAGAAUCAAAUGAAGACGACAAUGACAUACUCCAGACCGUUGAAAUGUACAGUCCAGAGUUGAACAAAUGGUGUUACGUCUCCAGUAUGCCUGAUAGUCGUGCCAUGUUCUCAUCAGCUGUGCUCGAUGAAUUCAUAUACAUAUUCGGUGGAAAUUCAUCCAGAAUACAACAAACUGAAAAUUCAGGCACUGUCGAAAGAUAUGAUACAUUAAACGACCGUUGGAGCCAACUCCAGCCAAUGCCAUUGGUGUCGAGUAACAAUUCUCGAGCUGUAGCCUACAGAAAUCGUAUUUACGUAAUAGGAGGCAUAACAAAAGAUAAGCAGAUACAAAAUACGGUAUUUGCUUACAAUCCGAGGUCUACUAAGUGGCAGCAUGUGCCCCCUAUGAGGUUCCCUAGAAUGAACGCUGCUGUGGCUGUUUUUCAACUUCCGGAGCACCCGGAGAGGAAACUUGAUAGAGUGAGGGCCACUCAGUUCAGAUGGCAAUGA